AUGGCGUCCACCUCGGACAUACCACCGCCCUCCUACCCCUCAGAAGCCGUGCCUGCAUACACCCCACCCUCGAGCAGCACCCUCCCCUCCUCCAGCGGGCCACCCGCCGCCGGCGACAGCAAGCACCCAAAGUUCUACCUACAGCGCGAAGAGAUCUACCCUUACCGGCACGGUCUAAUCCUCAGCUACCACAGCAGCGACCCGGCCCAGUGCCGGGCACAAUACGCAUACCGGCACCAGCGGCCGUCUACGGUAUCACUGCCGGGCUCGUCGAGCCCGCCGGACGUGACACUAUACCGGGGCGGGGACACGAACGGGCAAGUGCUCGGGACGGGGACACUCAAGUCCUUGAUCCUGGGGAAGGCACUCGCCGAGGUGCGGAUGUUUGCUGGCAGCGGCGCCGGCGCCGCGGUGGCAGUACAGAAGAUUGUGGUCGCGAAGCACAAGGAUAAGGCGGUGUUUGAGCUUUGCGGGCGGCGGCUGGCGUGGCAGGUCAGCGUGAGCCAGCGGCCGCCCGCAAACGCCGAGGAGCACACGGCGAAAAAUACCGUUGUCCCGGGGUCGGUGGAGGAUGAGGCACGGAAGGCGGGGUUGUCGGCUAUGGGUAGGUUUAAGGCCGCCAUGACCGAGAAGCCGUCGCUGCUGUUUAAUUCGUACCGCGCGGUGCUGGUCGAGGCGGAGCAGCCGGGGACCGAGCUGGCUGUCUAUGAUGAUAUUGUUCCCACGAAUCCGCCGUUCACGAGGGAGCUGAGGUGGAAGGAUGGACAUGCCGGCACGCUGGAGUUUUUGGAUCCGGCGGCAGCGCUGGAUGCCGCGUGGAGGGAUACGGCGCUCUUGGUGUUGCUGCUGAUGAAGGAACGCGCGAAGAGGGGGCUCAGCGCUGGGAAGGAGGGCGCUGGUUGGGGGUUUACGCCGUUUGGGAGCGGGCUUAGUGGUGGUGGAUGCGGCGGCGGCGGCGGCGGCGGCACCUGA